AAGCUAGAGAGAGGAGAGAGAGAGAGGACGAAGAGGGCAACAGGCCAAGACAUGGAGAACAUCAACCAAACCUUUCUCUCUCAUCCCGAACAAGAAACCCACAUCUUCUCUCUCAAGUCCAUCACCAUUGUAGCCUCAAUCCUUGGACUCCUAGGCCUUGGCCUUUUCAUUUCCCUGUACUCUCACUCUCUCUCUCUAACCCCAUCUUCUCUCUCUCUAACCCCUCCAAUUUGCACACAAACAGACCCAUCCUCCUGCCUCUCAUCUCUCUCUAACCUCCCAGCUCCCACCGUCCCCCUCCUCCUCCACCACUUGAUCCACUCCUCUCUCCUCCACAUCAACAAUGCCCUCUCUCUCUCAAAACCGCAAAAGCACCAACCCUUUGCCGACUGCACAGAGCUCCUCGACCAGGCUCGUGACCGUCUGCUCGAGACUCGGGCUGCCCUCCGCACCCCAUCGCCUCUCUCGCUCGCGGAGGCGCACACAUGGCUCAGCGCCACGCUCACCAAUUACAUAACCUGUGAAGAUGGCCUCAAUGAGGGUAAGACCAAGCUCGAGGCAAAGGCGACGAAGGCCAUGGUGGUUGCACUUGGCGAAUGUAAGGCCAUGGCGAGCACUUCGCUUGCCACCAUCAGUGCAAUGCGCAAUGCACUCGGUUCGACCGAGGCAAGUGGGUACGAGCCGAUGAUUGAGGUUGGUUCGACGAGGUUACCGGCUUGGGUUAGAGAUAUAGAGACGAGGCUGUUGGAGAGCAAGGUUAGUGAGAUAAAGGCAGAUGUUGUGGUGGCGAAGGAUGGGAGUGGGAAUUAUAAGACAGUGUCGGAGGCGGUGGCGGCGGCACCGGAUAAGUCGAAGAAGAGGUAUGUUAUAUACGUCAAGAAGGGGACUUAUGAGGAGAAGGUGGAGAUUGGGAAGAAUAAGAAGAAUUUGAUGUUGGUGGGCGAUGGCAUGGAUUUCACUGUAAUUACAGGGAGCCUCAACUUUAUAGACGGAACAACCACCUUCAAUUCUGCAACCCUAGCGGUAGUGGGAGAAGGCUUCAUAGCACAAGACAUGUGCUUCCAGAACACCGCUGGCCCGAAGAAGCACCAAGCAGUGGCCUUGCGCGUGGGCGCUGACAAGUCUAUCAUAAACAGGUGCCGCAUCGAAGGCUACCAGGACACUCUCUAUGCCCAUUCCCAACGUCAAUUCUACCGUGACUCUGUCAUUUCUGGCACCAUCGACUUCAUCUUUGGUAAUGCUGCUGUCGUACUGCAGAAUUGCACCAUCAUCGCCCGCAAGCCCAUGUCCAACCAACAAAACCUCGUAACAGCCCAAGGGCGUACUGACCCCAACCAAAACACAGGCACCACUAUCCAGUUUUCGCGAAUUCAAGCUAGCACCGACUUAGAACCCGUCAAGAACAUACUCCCCACCUACUUGGGACGACCAUGGAAAGAAUAUUCUCGAACCGUAUAUAUGCAGAAUAACAUCGGGGACCAUAUAGCUGCAGAAGGAUGGCUGCCAUGGAGUGGGGGAUUUGCAUUGAAGACAUUAUACUAUGCAGAGUACAUGAACGGCGGACCAGGCGCGGGAACAAGCGGGCGCGUAAAGUGGCCGGGCUACCAUGUGAUAACUGAUGCAAAUGAGGCCAAGAAGUUUACCGUAGGGGAGUUCAUACAGGGAGGGGAGUGGUUGCAGGCCACUGGAGUUGCCUACACAGAGGGCCUGUAAAAGAAGCAACUCACUCUUUUCCUUUAGUUUGUGUGCACUUUUCACCUUCUCGUUGGGGACAGCUUUCUAUCUCAAUUUCAAAAGUGAAACAAAAUUUGCAUUUUGUUUGA